AGAUUUAUUGGCGCUCUGCAUACGGUCACACUGAACUAAUCGGCGAUUCGCCGGGUCCCAGCAUCCCAUAUCCCAAAUCCCUUCUGGCUUGGAACGGAACUGCCUUUCUCCCUCCAAAGCGCCGAUGGACUACCAGUACUACGACGAGGAGUCCGAUUACAUUGACGUGGACGAGGAUGAGCUGGCUGCCGCCGGCGGCCUGGACUACAGUUACGGCAAGCCGCAGGAUGAGGAUGGGGAGGAUGAGGAGGACUAUUAUCUCGGUGGAGGAGAGGAGGGAGAGGCGGCGUACCAUGACGGCGGCCUGAUCGACAGGUUACCUCAAAUCCUGCAGAGUUGUAUUGAGCCCUCGCUGCUGCAGGUCCUUCAGUAUGUGGCACCCAUGCUGCUGCUCUGUCUGGUGUGCCGCCUCCUUUGUCUCCUUUACGCACGGCGAGGUCGCCUCUCCCAGUCCUCCCUACGGAUGGCGCCCCUGCAUUUGAUCCACCUCGGGUGCGGUCUAACUCUGCUGCACUUCACCGUGGGCUUUCGCCUCUGGCUGCUAUUGCUGUUGGCCGCCGUAGGCUAUCUGCUGCUCCAGCUACUGCGCCUGGGACGGCGCGGAGCCCAGCUCCUGGCCCUGCUCACCAUUGGCAGCCAGUUCCUGUACGAGUUGCUGAUUUGGCGGAAGCGCAGCGACUGGCCCCAGCUGCGCGGCAUCCAGAUGGUGGUCAACAUGAAGCUCAUCUCGCUGGGCUUCGAUCUGUGCGGCGGCCAGCUGGCGGGCAUACCCAAUCCGCUGGCCUAUCUGGGCUAUAUUUACAGUCCCGCCACCUGCGCCCUGGGACCCUGGGUGAGCUUCGGCAGCUACAGCAACUGUCUGGUGCCCCGCAGCAGCUGGCUGCUCACCCUGCGUCGAACAGUGGCUAAUGCCGUGCUCUGCCUGCUGACCGUGACCGUGUCCAAUUGUCUGGCACCGUUGCUGAGUGACCUCGCCGGCGGCUGGCACUUUCUGGCCAUGUACACGGAUGCGCUGAGUGUGCGGAGCAGUCACUACUUCGUGGGAUUUAUAGCGCAGGCGCUGCUGGUGGUCACCGAUCAGCGGCUGGAUGGUGGCGGUGGCGCUCGGGAGUCUGAACUCCUGGGACCCUUGGUCGCACAACCCUGGCGUAUCGAAUGGCCGCGCUCAAUCAGCUCGCUGGUGCGGAGCUGGAACAUACCCAUGCACGAGUGGCUGAAGCGUUACAUCUACACGCCCUGCAAGACGACGGGCAGGCACUCCCGGACGCAGACACUCCUGGCCGUCUUCUGCACAUAUCUAGUGUCCAGCCUCCUGCACGGAAUGGAUCUCCGUAUCUACGUAGUUCUCAUCUCGUUGGCUGUCUUUGCCGCGGGCGAGUCACUGUUACGAAGACAACUCUCCAGCAUGUUGGACGCCUGCCUCUCCGCAAAUCUCUGUCCGGGCGCGGAGCGAUGUCGCUACAGCAACUGUGUGAGCAAACAGCGAACCUGGAUCUCCGUCAGAGGCUGGCUGGUUCGUUUGGCCAAUCUGGGCUUCACGGCGCUGGCCAUCUUCCAUCUGGCCUACCUGGGUGUGGUGCUGCUGGGCGAUAGCCUCGAAACGGGAGCCGCCGGCACAGUGGAGGAGGAGGGCUUUCUGUGGCACUGGAAGAAGGCCGGUUACCUAAGUCACUACAUUGGCGUGGGCACCAUUGUGCUCUACCUAUUUAUCUCGUAAGAACCGGAAGAUAAACCGGAUCUAUCUAUAUGUAUCUCCGACUGAUCUAUACGUAUUUGUAUCGGUGUUCGUCAUCCUAAUUUAAGUGGCAACUAUUUGUACUUUUGUAUCUCGUAUCUUGUAGUAAGUAAGUACUUAAACAUUAAACGAUUCUGUGAAACGGAUUCGCGUCCUCUAUUUUAAUAUAAUUAUCGCUAAAUUAUUGUAAGCGGGGCUCAAAAGUGGAUAUAAAAUGCGAAAUAUAUCGAAAUAUUGAAAUAUUUAUAUCGUUUUUGAGUGUUUUUACGAGAAUUUUAAGUUUUAGUAUUC